AUGUCGUCGUCUACAGUUACUCCCAAGAAACGCCUGAUAGACAAUUCAGAGCCUCAUUUUGAAGACCCACAGGAGAUGAUUAACGCGGUGAUAUCUACGUUACAGUGCCCUGAGGAGAAAACUACAGUUUCAGAAACGUAUGCUAAUGGAAAGAAUAACGCUACUGAAGUACAAGCUUAUGCCAAAAUUGCCGGUAAAGAUUGGACUUUUUUUGUCAAAUCAUUGGCAGUUUCUAUAGGAAGAAAUACUGAAGUGGCUAAUGGGUCCGGUACGUACAAUGGGCCUCUAAUCGAUAUCGACUUAGGACCAGCCAAGAUUGUCAGCAGACAGCAUGCCACUAUUACGUAUAAUUUAGACUUGAGAUGUUGGGAGUUGAAAGUUUUGGGUAGAAAUGGAGCUAGGAUUGAUGGUCAAAAGAUAAAUGUAGGCUCACUGGAUGUCAAUGCAUUGCAUUCGGGAGCUAUUUUGGAUGUUGGUGGGACACAAAUGAUGUUUAUAUUACCUGAUGCCGCGCCAGUAGUUGCCCCCAAGAUGUUGGAAAAGGCUCUUUCCAAAUAUAAUGAUCAAAUCAAGGGCAAGCGUCAACGUGCAUUUAGCUCAGGAUCGAAUAAUGGAGGAAAUAGGAGUUAUCAUGUGUAUGAAAACAUUCAGUUGAACCAUUCACCAAGCUCAGUGUCAGCAACCUCAUUGCAACACAAUUUGGAUGAAGAUUUAUCGAAAGAGGAGUCGAAGGAUAUUAAACCACCUUAUAGUUAUGCCACUAUGAUUACCCAGGCCAUUUUGUCGGAUCCUCAUGGAGUCAUGUCACUUUCGGAUAUUUACAAUUGGAUUUCUGACCAUUAUGCAUAUUACAAGUAUUCCAAAACCGGUUGGCAGAACUCUAUUAGACAUAACUUGUCCUUAAAUAAAGCGUUUGAUAAAGUCCCUCGUAAGCCAAAUGAGCCAGGAAAGGGGAUGAAGUGGCAAAUCAGCGAGUCUUAUAAACAAGACUUUCUCAACAAGUUGAACGAUGGAACUCUUUCAGGAUCGAGAAAGGGGUCCUCGGUAUCGCGUCAAUUGAGUUUACAUUUGGCAACACAUAAGCAUUUACCAGAUACAGAACAUCCCUCAGUUGAUCCAUCGGCUAAUCAAUUCUCACAACAGCGGUCGUUUGAACAACGAAAAUUGUCUGAAACACAACGUCAACCACUAGAAUCCUUUAAUCAUCAACGAUCUGACUCAAAAAACUUUCAAUUCAACAAUAUACCAACCAAUCCGUUACAAUACCAAGGACAACAGAAUGCAUAUAUCCCUACUCAAGGUCGCCCAUUUCCUUACCAGCCUUCCAAUCAGCCUCAUCCACAACAGCAGCAGCAGCAGCAGCCCCUAAUUUACCCCCAACAGCAACAAAUACCCAGUUAUCCAAUCAGCGGGUUUGGCAAUAACUUGGCAUCUCCAUUGAGACAACCACAGCAAUUGAGCCAGCAACCUCCACCGCCACCACCACCACAUGACACUACAAAAUUACACAAGGCAGCACCACCACCAACAAACCCAAACAUUUUUGGUUUACCCAUGCAAAAUAACAGCAUUGACGCAAAACCUAACUUACAUUCUCGGACAUCAUCCUACACCACAACAAACCAAUUGCCCGAUUUGUCACAGAUGCAUUCGUUUGCAUCCAAUCAAAACGACUCAUUGACUUCAGUGGCUCCAUCGGCGGGCAACACUACGUCUGACAUGUUGUCAUUCACCAGUCCGAAAAAGAUUUCUGCGUUGGUAGCAUACACGCCUGAACGUGGUUCAAAAAAAAAUGCGGUAGGAAAUAAACCCCAGAAGCAACCACAAAAUCAACAAGGCCAACAACAACAACAACAACAACAACAACAACAACAACAACAGACACUGUUGCAACCUCCAGCGCAAAAUUCCAACCAGACAAGUCCAGCAUUUUGGAACUUUGUCCAAUUUAGCACUCCCAAUGGACAAACUCCUAUUCGAAAAAACAGCAAUGACAGUGAUGAGCAAAACAAUGGCAGUCCCACUAUGAACCGGAAAAGCCACAAGGGAGUCAAUGUUAAAGAGGAAGAUUCUCCUUUUAAGAAAGACCAUGAUCAACAAGCAGGAAUGGUUGAUUCGUAA